UGACCAUGGAUGCAUAUGCAUACUCUAUGGAGCGCAUAGUAUAGCCACAACAAGGCUUUCCCGCUGGCCGCACAAAACAGCUUAAAGCCUAACCCUUGUGAUCAGAUCACUGCAGCGUUGCGCUCGAUCUCGAGUAGGAGUAGUGGCAGCGGCAGGCAGAGCUAACGUGCCCGAGAAGCGAGCGAUGGCUCGUGUUGCGUCUACGGUCGCUGCCGCGGUGGCGCUGCUAGCUGCCCUCCUCUGCGGCGCCUCUGCCGCGCCCAACGGCGGCGGCGACGUCGGCCAGCCGCCGGUGGCGCGUGGCCUGUCCUUCGACUUCUACAAGCGGAGCUGCCCCAGGGCGGAGGCCAUCGUGCGGAGCUUCGUGCAGGACGCGGUGCGCUGGGACACCGGCCUCGCCGCGGGGCUCCUGCGACUCCACUUCCACGACUGCUUCGUCCAGGGCUGCGACGCCUCCGUGCUGCUGGACGGCUCCGCCACCGGCCCCGGCGAGAAGCAGGCGCCGCCCAACCUCACGCUCCGCCCCUCCGCCUUCAAGGCCAUCAACGACAUCCACGACCGCCUCACCAGGGAGUGCGGAGGACCCGUCGUCUCAUGCUCCGACGUCCUCGCGCUCGCCGCCCGCGACUCCGUAGUCGUGUCGGGAGGGCCGAGCUACCGGGUGCCCCUUGGCCGGCGCGACAGCACCAGCUUCGCGACGCAGCAGGACGUCCUCGGCGGCCUGCCGCCGCCGACCGCCACCGUCCCGGCGCUCCUCGGCGUGCUGUCCAAGAUCAACCUGGACGCCACCGACCUGGUGGCUCUCUCCGGCGGCCACACCAUCGGGCUCGGCCACUGCACCUCCUUCGAGGGCCGCCUCUUCCCGCGCCCGGACCCCACCCUCAACGCCACCUUCGCCGGCCACCUCAGGCAGACCUGCCCGGCCAAGGGCACCGACCGGAGGACGCCGCUGGACGUCCGCACCCCCAACACCUUCGACAACAAGUACUACGUCAACCUGGUGAACCGGGAGGGGCUCUUCACCUCCGACCAGGACCUCUUCACCAACCCGGCAACAAGGCCCGUUGUCGACAAGUUCGCGCAGAACCAGAAGGCCUUCUUCGACCAGUUCGGCUCCUCCAUGAUCAAGAUGGGGCAGAUCAAGGUGCUCACGGGGUCGCAGGGCCAGAUCCGCAGGAACUGCUCCGCGCGCAACCCUGGCACCGCUGGCCUGCCAUGGUCCAUCCUCGAGGAAGCAGAGAGCCUCAUCUUCUAGUCUGGCUGCUCGUGCCAUGGACGGGGACUCGACUCGCCAUGGGCAGUGCUGGGAGUAACUAGCUGCUAAUAGGCUUAGCCGUGGUCGGUGUGUGUAAGUGGGUACUAAUGUUGACAGGCCGGGCCGGGCCGGGCCGAGCCCCAAAAGCACGUAGCUUGGGGAAAUAAAGUGACCAUGGCAGGAAUCAAA